GGUUCGUCCUACUACUCCUCGAUCCUCGUCUACAAGAACUCUUAGCUCUAUGUCAUCGACGGCGGACGCCGAACGUUGUCAAAGAAUCGAAAAGGUUGUUGAUUCUAGAGACAGGAUAAGUGCGUUGCCCAACGAUUUGCUCAUCCAGAUUUUGUUGCUUGUCUCGACCGAAGAUGUUGUGUCCACCAUGGUUUUGUCAAAACGAUGGCGUUUUCUCUGGACGAUGGUGCCUAAACUCGAAUACAAAUACACCUAUGCUGAUGAAUGCGAAAAGGUUUGGAAGUUUCUUGAAAAGUCAUUAGAACUUCACAAGGCACCUUUGUUAGAAACUCUAUGUAUCCAACUCGGUCAAAAUUUUACUAAUAAUGGAGAUGUUAGAAAAUGGGUUGCAAAUGCGGUGGAUCGCUUGAUGCGCAAGCUAAACUUGGAGCUUCUUUGGACCGCGGAGCCUAUUAGCUUACCUAAGAGCCUCUACACCAGCAAAACGCUUGUUAAGUUGACUCUUUCCAACAAGAUUCUCAUGGAUGUUCCUUCCUCGGUGUGCCUCCCGUCUGUCAAAAUAUUGCGGCUUUUAUUUGUGGUCUAUAAAGACGAAGACUCACUUGUCAGGCUUUUAUCAGGUUGCUCAGUUCUUGCUCGAUCAGAUACCCUUUCUCGAUGGCCAACCUUUUUCGCAAUGAUAAGCCACGUAUCGGUUCUUUGUGGUGCUCAUGACAAGUUUCUCAAAUCUAGUAUCUUGGUCACUACUCUCUCUUUAAUUUCGAAAGAUCCAAAGGCUCUGGAUUUUAGUGGCAACACCUUCUCUCGACUUCAACGGUUUAUACUACAUCCAUUUGGGGAUUUCUGGUUGGAUCUAAUUCCACUAAUUCUCAACAAGUCUCCUAAACUACAAAUUCUACGUAUCAAUUCUGAAAAAGGAUAUCAGCCCGGGAAUGUCCCAUUGUCAUGGAUCCAACCUAGUCUUGUUCCCAGAUGCUUGUCUUCCAAUCUAGAGUUCUUUGGUUGGAAUGACUAUAGUGGUAGUGAAGAAGAGAAACAGCUCAUGAGGUACAUUCUUGCAAACUUCAAGUGUUUAAAAGAAGUGACAAUCACUUUGGUAUCAACCUUCAAUCUUGACCAGAAAGAGACAAUGGUAAAGGAGCUAAAACUCUGUCUAGAGCGAGUUUCAACAUUGUCUCAGCUCACUUGGGAAAAUAAAAUGGUGCCA